AGCAUGAGUUCAGAAGUUAACACUCCAGCUGAUCUCAGGACCAGCCCCAAUACCUCAGAAAAUGCAAGAGAGGACAUGGCUCCUGAAGACCUUUGCAUGACUCAAUCUUCUAUCUUGUACCUAUUGCAGGAAGCCACCAAGCUUGUUGCACCACCAAAACAGCACAGUUUGGACAUGGCUAAAUUCCACGAUGGCACCAAAGAGACGAUCGUUUCACACGACUCAACUAGGUUUGAGCAAAAUGUUCAGGAAGUUGGAAGUGCCAAAACGCAGCCUAGCUUUACAGGAGCCUUCUCUAUGUUGAGCUGUAGUCCAUGGGAGGUGAUGAGUCUCAUAAACCUCCAGUGUGAGAGGCUGUUGCACUCUGAUGGAACACACGAAGCGGAAGAAGACUCCCAAACGCACAAAACUAAAAUGGACACUGAGUCUGAAGAUGGAGAUGUUGUACAAGAAUUUCCUUCAGCUGUUUCCACUUCUCCUGAGUCCUCAGGAACUGAUACAAUGGAACAUGUCAUGGAGUCUGAUGUUUCCUGUUCUGUUCCACAUAUUGAUCCAACUGAUCACUUGUCCAUUCGGAGCACCGGUGAAAAUGGUGAAGGUGCAGCAGUCGAAGCUGUAGAAGAUCUUGCAGAGCUCAUUUCCAAGACCACAGAGGACAGUUUACUUUCCAGCAGGGUAAUGAGUGACAAAAGGACUGACCACUGCUCCCUGGUUGAAACAUCAGUGUUGCCCCUUGACUUGACAAAAAAAGUGGGAAUUUGUGAACACCCCAUAGGGAACAGUCAGGGUGUGAAUAAAAUGGGGAAUGUUUCAUCCAUAUGUGAUGCUGCACAAAGUCCUGAAAUAAGCUCUGUUGACUUUACAUCAUCUCUGGUUGCUGAAAAAUAUCAAGGUCCAUGCUUUUCUUUCAACGAAGGUGAAAAUGCAGAGUGUGAAUGUGCUCUCAUGUCAGAAACACCACCACCAAGAACAGACUUGAACAAUAACCUGGAGGAUGAGCCACUCCAGGAGGCUGAAAAGACUUGUACUGUGGUCUCUACCCAGGCCAGGUGGGGUAACCAAAGGAGGACACCUAGGAAGCAGGCUCACCCUGCACGCAGCCCUGAUCUAAACGAUCCAGAGCUUCAGGGAGUCACGUUCAGCAUGCGCACACAGCUGGAUCACAGCACGGACCAGUGCCGCCUCCUCAUCACCUCUAACUAUAGUAAGCUGUGCAGACGUGGCAGGAGAAGCAGAAGCUGUAGGUCCAGAUCACUGCAGAGUUCCCAAAGAACCAGCAGCUCAGAAGAGGAGAGUGACUCCUCCAGCAUGUGCAAGAAGAUCUGUGCAUCUUGUUGCACAAGGAAGACUCCUUUAUGGCGGGACGCGGAAGAUGGUACCCCACUCUGCAAUGCCUGUGGAAUCAGGUAUAAGAAGUACCGUGUGCGCUGUCUACAGUGUUGGAACAUUCCCCGGAAGGAGGCCAGCUCCAACUCCAAGUGUUUGAAGUGUGGAGAUCUCCUCCAACUCUCCUCGCAAAGCAAACGAGCUGGAUGUUAGGACGGACCCGAGUUUCUAGAAUCCCGUUUCCGUGUUUUCUAGAAUGUUCUGCUCCUAGGUGGCCGGUUUUCACUUUGACCUUCCUUUGGUUGUUCCGAAUAUUUCCAUAAAGCAAACGUGUGUGUGUGUGUGUGUGUGUGUGUGUGUGUGUGUGUGUGUGUGUGUGUGUGUGUGUGUGUGUGUGUGUGUGUGUGUGUGUGUGUGUGUGUGUGUGUGAGUGUGUGUGUGUGUGUGUGUGUGUGUGUGUGUGUGUGUGUGUGUGUGUGUGUGUGUGUGUGUGUGUGUGUGUGUGUGUGUGUGUGUGUGUGUGUGUGUGUGUGUGUGUGUGUGUGUGUGUGUGUGUGUGUGUGUGUGUGUGUGUGAAA